GUGCAGUGAGCCGCACGGGGUUGUCAUUAUGCUGUCUGUGUUGUGGAAGGAUCUGCACUAUUCCUAUCUGGCUUUGCAGUGUGUGGGACUACUGUGUGCUGGACUGCUGCUGCUCAAAGCGUUUUCCUUGUCCUACAGAUGGAGGAAGCUGCAAUCAGCUGUGCAGGACUUCCCGGGGCCACCCAGUCACUGGCUGUAUGGUCAUGUCAACCAGUUUCGCCGGGAUGGGAAGGAUCUGGAUCGGUUGAUGGUUUGGGUUGAGAAAUAUCCCAACGCUUUUCCUUUAUGGAUUGGAAAAUUUGUGACCAGUCUGGUGAUCAGCCACCCGGAAUACGCUAAAGCCGUCUUUGGCCGAUCAGAUCCAAAAGCAUCAACUGGAUAUAAUUUCCUCAUUCCGUGGAUUGGGAAAGGAUUGCUGGUUCUGUCGGGGAACACUUGGUUCCAGCACCGUCGGCUUAUUACUCCUGGCUUCCAUUAUGAUGUUCUCAAACCGUACAUUAAACUCAUCUCCGAAUCCACCAAUGUCAUGUUGGAUAAAUGGGAUCCAUUGUGCAAUAAGGAGGAAUCGGUGGAGCUUUUCCAGUAUGUCAGUCUGAUGACCCUGGACAGCAUAAUGAAAUGCGCCUUCAGCUACAACAGCAACUGCCAGACCAACAAUGAUAAUUCUUACAUUGGCGCUGUCUAUGACCUUGCCAGUCUGACGCAACAACGAAUCCGGACGUUUCCGUAUCACAGCAAUCUCAUUUACCAUUUGAGCCCUCAUGGCUUCCGUUUUCGCAAAGCUUGCAGAAUUGCCCAUCUUCAUACUGAUCAAGUUAUUGGACAAAGAAAAAAACUGCUUGAAAAAAAUGAGGAACUGGAGAAAAUCAGACAAAAGCGACACCCUGAUUUUCUGGACAUUCUACUGUGUUCAAAGGAUGGGAAUGGUCAGGGUCUGUCUGAUGAGGACCUGCGAGCUGAAGUUGACACUUUCAUGUUUGAAGGACAUGACACAACAGCUAGCGGCAUCUCCUGGAUCUUGUACUGUAUGGCCAAAUAUCCGGAACACCAGCAGAAGUGCCGGGAGGAGAUCCGAGAGGUCCUGGGGGAGCGAGACACCAUGGAGUGGGAAGAUCUAAGCAAACUCCCCUACACCUCAAUGUGCAUUAAGGAAAGUCUUCGCCUUUAUCCACCCGUGCCCUCCGUGUCCAGGGAGCUCUCCAAACCCAUCACGUUUUUUGAUGGACGCUCCUUACCAGCAGGUUCUCUUGUCAGUUUAAAUAUUUAUUGCAUUCAGCGGAACCCUGCCGUGUGGAAGGACCCCGAGGUAUUUGAUCCUUUGCGAUUUUCACCAGAAAAUUCUGCUAAGCGCCACUCUCAUGCCUUUGUUCCCUUUGCAGCAGGACCAAGGUACACUAUGAAUUU